AUGUACGCUGCCACCGCAAUCACGCCUCUUCUAUUAUUCGCUGCAUUUCUGCUGCUUUUGCUUGUCUCUCUCUCCGUGCCUAUCAUUAAGUCAAUAGACUUGUUGAAGCUCUCGGCGGUCGUGAGCGAAGGCAUUAGUGUCGCCUCCGUUGAUGUCACAGGAAGUGUCAAGUUCGGCGUCUGGGGUUAUUGUGUAAGCGCAGUCGAUGUCCAGGUCGCUGGGCAGAAUUUUGAUAGGGCUGCGCAGUGCACAAAGCCACAUCUAGGCUUUACUUUUGAUGAGACGGUUCAAAAUGCUCUUCAAGUAUCGGGUAUAGGAAGAAUUUCAGACGACUUGACACGUUCUGUUACAACUGUGCUCGUCAUACAUCCUAUUGCGUGCGGACUCACGUUCUUGGCGCUUGCUCUCUCAAUAUUCAUGAUCACGAGCUCCACUCCACGAUUUGGCACUCGAGUGCGUUCCGGCGCCACUCUCGUAGCGUCAAUCUUUGCGGCACUGUUCACGACGAUAAUUUUCCUGGUUGAUGUCAUAUUCGUGGCAGUCGUACGGAACAAGCUCAAUGAUGAAUUCCAUGGCCAGAUUCGGGCGACCUGGGGUAGCGGAACAUGGAUGACGCUUGCUGCAACUAUCCUACUUUGGUUGUCCUGUGUCGGUGCAUGCUGCGGAAUCUUUGCUUGCGGAGGCAGACGCAAGAAAUAUGCAGAUACAUAUUAGACUGUCCACCUGUUGGAGAGAUAAAUACGUCAUGCUUGGAGCCAAUGUUGCCGAUCUAGCACAUCUUUGAUACCCAUGACUGAACGGACUUAACGAUACUUUACAGAUCCUUACGAGUUGGAUCACCUAUUCACAUGAUUUUUGUUUUUCCGAACGACUUGAAUUGAAAUG